CGUGCUUCACCUGGCCCUGCUCCGUCGCCUGCCACCGCCGCCUGAGCUUGGAGUGGUUCACCCAGCCGUGAAGUGAAGACAGACUCUGGACACUGGGAACCCACACUUCCAAUCCCAGACAUGUCCAGCAAGGGCUCUGUGGUUCUGGCCUACAGUGGUGGCCUGGACACUUCCUGCAUCCUCGUGUGGCUGAAGGAGCAAGGCUAUGACGUCAUUGCCUACCUGGCCAACAUCGGCCAGAAGGAAGACUUUGAGGAAGCCAGGAAGAAGGCGCUGAAGCUUGGAGCCAAAAAGGUGUUCAUCGAGGACAUGAGCAGGGAGUUUGUAGAGGAAUUCAUCUGGCCCGCCGUUCAGUCCAGUGCGCUCUACGAGGACCGAUACCUCCUGGGCACUUCUCUUGCCAGGCCCUGUAUUGCCCGGAAACAGGUGGAGAUCGCCCAGCGGGAAGGAGCCAAAUAUGUGUCUCAUGGUGCCACGGGAAAGGGGAAUGACCAGAUCCGGUUUGAGCUAACCUGCUACUCGCUGGCCCCCCAGAUAAAGGUCAUCGCUCCCUGGAGGAUGCCAGAGUUCUACAACCGGUUCAAAGGCCGCAAUGACCUGAUGGAGUACGCAAAGCAACAUGGAAUUCCCAUCCCAGUCACCCCCAAGAGCCCAUGGAGCAUGGAUGAGAACCUCAUGCAUAUCAGCUACGAGGCUGGAAUCCUGGAGAACCCCAAGAACCAGGCUCCUCCCGGUCUCUACACAAAGACCCAGGAUCCAGCCAAAGCUCCCAAUGACCCUGACAUAAUUGAGAUAGAAUUCAAGAAAGGGGUCCCCGUGAAGGUGACCAAUGUCAAGGAUGGCACCACCCACCACACCUCCUUGGAACUCUUCAUGUACCUGAACGAAGUUGCGGGCAAACACGGUGUGGGCCGCAUAGACAUUGUGGAGAACCGCUUCAUUGGAAUGAAGUCCCGAGGUAUCUACGAGACCCCAGCAGGGACUAUCCUUUACCAUGCUCAUUUAGACAUCGAGGCCUUCACCAUGGAUCGGGAAGUGCGCAAGAUCAAGCAGGGCCUGGGUCUGAAAUUCGCAGAGCUGGUGUACACCGGUUUCUGGCACAGCCCUGAAUGUGAAUUUGUUCGCCACUGCAUCGCCAAGUCCCAGGAGCGGGUGGAAGGGAAGGUGCAGGUGUCUGUCUUCAAGGGCCAGGUGUACAUCCUUGGGCGGGAGUCCCCACUGUCUCUCUACAACGAGGAGCUGGUGAGCAUGAACGUGCAGGGCGACUAUGAACCUAUUGAUGCCACAGGCUUCAUCAACAUCAACUCCCUCAGACUGAAGGAAUAUCAUCGCCUCCAGAGCAAGGUCACUGGCAAAUAGAGUCGCUGACAAUGAGGAGCUGGGGCCUCCUCUCCCUGCACAUCUCCCAAGUACAGGCACUAAUUGUUGUGAUAAUUUGUAAUUGUGACUUGUUCUCCCUGCCAGGCAGCAUAGUGGGGCUGCUGGGCCCCAGCUUUGUUCCCUGGUCCCCUUAGCCUGCAAAAGUGGUCAUCAAGGAAGGGUGGGGGCAGCUUCAGAGGGAAGCUGUAAAAUAGCAAUUAAAAGAAGACACAUUAGUC